GUCUCACGCUACCGCAUCCCCGUCCCCCGCAGCCGUAUGCAUGGCGGUCGUCGGACGGUCCUAAGCAACGGUAGCAGCAACGGACGAACGUUGAGAGCCGGACGUACCUCAUCGCCAUGUGCACGCAUGGGCCAUUGGACGUCACCGAAGUUCGAUAGUCUGUACAUAAAGCUUGCCGGCGGCGGACGCUGGAGGCAACCCCCACCCCCGCUCGUCGAUCAUGCUCUCCGCACUUACACUCCUUCUUGCGAUCGCGUCGCCUGCCCUCGCGGCGUCCGCAGCGUCGGGGACGUUCAAUGUCUUGUCAAUGAACGUCGCGGGCCUGCCGGAGAUCUUGAACUCCAACGGGGAAUCGGGCGACAAGACGUCGAACACGAUGGUGAUCGGCCAGGACAUGUCGGCGUACAGCUACAGUCUCAUCCAUGUUCAGGAGGACUUCAACUACCACGCGACGCUGUACGCGUAUGACACCCACCCCUUCCGCACCGCCACUAGCGGGGGUGUGCCUUUCGGUAGCGGCUUGAACACCCUUUCCAACUUCGAUUGGGUCGACUUCUCGCGCACCAAGUGGGCGACGUGCUCGGACGCAUCGGAGUCCGACUGCCUCACCCCGAAGGGCUUCACGUUCAUGCGCGUCCGUGUCGAUGAGGGUGUCUACAUUGACGCCAUCAACCUGCACGCGGACGCCGGUACCGAGGACGGCGACAACGUCGCGCGUACUGCGAACAUCCAGCAGGUCGCGGACUUCAUUGCUGCCAACUCCGUCGGAAACGCAGUGCUUGUGUUCGGCGACACCAACUCCCGCUACACGCGCGCUGUGGACACCGGCAUUCGCACCCUCGUCUCCCAGGAGGGCAUGACCGACGCAUGGGUCAAGCACGCCCGCAACGGCUCCCCUCCCGCUGCCGGUGCCGACGCUAUCGUCUGCCCUGACGGUGUCCCGACCAACAUCUCUUGCGAGACGGUCGACAAGGUCUUCUACCGUGGCUCGAAGCUUAUUAACCUCUCGUCAACGGACUUCUUCUAUGACACCGCUCGCUUCCUCUCGUCGGACCUCGCGCUCCUGACGGACCACAACCCCGUCCGCAUCGAGUUCAGCUGGUCCCUCACCUCCUCCCUCCGCCAGAGCGACCUCUUCGGUGGCCCCCACGGCACGUACUUCAACGACCUCCCCUCGCUCCCCUCUUCCCCUAAGGUCGCCUCCGUCACGCUCCGCGGCGGCAGCCGUCUCGAUGCCGUCUCCUUCACCCUCACCUCGGGCGCGACCUUCUCGCACGGCGGUACCGGUGGCAACGCGAACACGCUCACGCUCGCAUCUGGGGAGACCAUCACGACCGCGAAGCUCUGCUGGGACAAGUACAACAGCGAGACGCGCAACUUCUACGCGCAGCUCACGACGAGCACGGGCCGUACGGUUGCAGCUGGCGCCACGACGGCGAACUGCGCCACUGUCACCGCGCCGAGCGGGUUUGGCAUCGUCGGUGCGUACGGGCAGGACGGGGACGAGAUGGACCAGCUUGGAUGGAUCUACUCGCAGUAGUUAACUAUUAAUUAGGUACUAAUAAUUGGUCUGAUUGUACUGUACGCUGUACUGUACACAUCCUUGUACGGAUGAUACCCCUCGUUUAUAAACACAUUCCUU